GGGACACCCCGCCCCACCGGGGCGGGACGAGGCGGCAGCCCCCGCCGAGGGGUGUAAAAGCGGAGCCGACAGGACCGGGAACAGCGAGCGAGCAGCCGGGGCUGCGCUGUGGAGAGGUUGCACCAAGUGCUGGGAUCGCUGCGCACACAUCGUCCGGAAUGGCAGCCGAGGGGAAUAAACUCUGGGGAGGGAGAUUCAGUGGAAGCACAGAUCCAGUCAUGGAGAUGCUCAAUGCUUCCAUUAGCUAUGAUCAGAGACUGGCUGAAGUCGAUAUCCAGGGGAGCAUGGCUUAUGCCAAAGCCUUGGAGAAGGCUGGGAUCCUACCUAAAAGUGAGCUGGAGAAGAUCCUGAAUGGUCUGGAAAAGAUCUCUGAGGAGUGGUCUAGAGGAGUCUUUUCAGUGAAACAAAGUGAUGAGGACAUCCACACUGCCAAUGAACGCAGACUAAAGGAACUGAUUGGAGACAUAGCUGGAAAGCUGCACACUGGGAGAAGCAGGAAUGAUCAGGUUGUGACUGACUUGAAGCUGUUCAUGAAGAAUUCCCUCUCUGUCAUCUCCACUCACCUCCUGCAGCUCAUUAAGACCCUGGUGGAACGUGCAGCUAUAGAAAUUGAUGUUAUCUUGCCUGGCUACACCCACCUGCAGAAAGCUCAGCCCAUCAGAUGGAGCCAGUUCUUGCUCAGCCAUGCCGUGGCACUGACCCGUGAUUCUGAGCGCCUGGGAGAGGUGAAGAGGAGGAUGAAUGUCUUGCCUUUGGGAAGUGGUGCUCUGGCUGGCAAUCCACUGGACAUUGAUAGAGAGCUUCUGCGUAGUGAGCUGGACUUUGCUUCCAUCAGCCUGAACAGCAUGGAUGCCAUUAGUGAGAGAGACUUUGUGGUGGAAUUCCUCUCUGUUGCUACCCUGCUGAUGAUCCACCUUAGCAAGAUGGCUGAAGAUCUCAUCAUCUACAGUACCAGCGAGUUUGGCUUUCUAACCCUCUCUGAUGCUUACAGCACGGGCAGCAGCCUGAUGCCUCAGAAGAAGAACCCUGACAGCCUGGAGCUGAUCCGCAGCAAAGCCGGUCGUGUGUUCGGACGGCUGGCUGCUAUGCUCAUGGUUCUCAAAGGACUUCCAAGCACCUACAACAAGGAUCUGCAGGAGGACAAGGAGGCUGUCUUCGAUGUAGUGGACACCCUGAAUGCUGUGCUCCAGGUUGCCUCUGGAGUGAUUUCUACCCUCCAGAUCCACAAGGAAAACAUGGAGAAGGCUCUGAGCCCUGAGAUGCUGUCUACUGACCUGGCUCUCUAUUUGGUUCGUAAAGGAAUGCCAUUCAGACAAGCCCACACUGCCUCUGGGAAGGCCGUCCACCUUGCUGAGUCUAAAGGCAGCUAUCAGCCUCCCUUUGCAUGGGCCUCCUCAUGGUGCCCUUCCCCAAAAUGCAUGGGCCAGACAACACCCCAAAAUCCUGGCCUGAAUGCCAUUACUGAUGGGUCUGGAAACACUGGAGGGGCACAACAUCACCACCAUUCAGCUCCAGGAGGGCAUGGGCAGGACUAUUGGGAGGAACAGAAGAAAUUCAUGGCCUGACCUGGAGGCACCAGUCCUCCAGAAGAGUAUUUGCUCCAGCCUCCUUACUCUGCCAUUCCAGUGACCAUGUAAAGCCCACCAGCAGCACCAACUAACACACCACUGAAGCCUCUUUUCUUUCCU